AUGAAAGCUAUCGUAGCAGGUCUUGAGUCAAACGUGACUGCACAAGAUGUUCUUUGGGAGCUCUCAAUUGCUACUCAGUCCAUUCAAGAUAAUCCUAGCAGGCCUCUUCAGAUCUAUGGAGGGGAUCUAGUUAUAGCGGUGGACAUACUCGUUGAAAUAUCCAUUGAUAACAAAAACGUGACUUCACGAGAUGACUUUAAAAACUUUGCACUCGUGGCCAGUAAUUUGUUGGAAACAAGGAACAGCAAGACUUGGAAAGAGCUGAAGAAAGUAAGUAUGACAAAGACUUGGCAUUUUCAUUUAACUGAUUUCUCGGCAACGUUAGAACUUAAUUGAAGUAUUUGAAACGAGAGCCACUAUCCGCUGACUUGUUAACUUGUUGACUUGACCGGUGUAAGUGGUUUUCGUCAUCGUCAUACGCUUUGGAGUUCAGAAAUUCUGGAAUUAAUUAUAGCGAUUCCCCACGUUAACCAUAUUUCAACCAAAACAUUUGAAACUCGUUCUGUACAGAGCUUCUCGAUAUCUAUACAGGGGCGGAUUUCAGUCGACGCUUGUUUAUUAAUCUAACUCUCAACCCCUCCAUUCUGCAUUGCUGUCAGAGCAAAGGUACCAGCACAAGGAGUUGGUGACAACAUACAAUGAUUUUUUUAAAUUUGCCCAAGCAAGCCUCAACUUUGCUUGGCUAUGUAUGGGCUUACUAAAAUGGAGGGCACGCAGGAAAGAUAGGAAUACAAGACAUCGUGACUACAAAAAAUGAAAUUUGCAUUUCGGUUAAAUUUAAGGUUGUUUCACAGAGUAGAGCUUGAGUUUAAGAGAUGGCUUGCAUUUGAUUUAAACGCUCCAAUAUGUUUAAUUUCACUUACAGGCUGGUAAAGAUAGAAGUAGGAGCUUGGUAAAAGCGAUGGAUAGGUACGGGCUAGCUGUUGCCGCCACGCUACAUUUAUCGACAAAGCUAAUCGUUGCACGAACCAAAAACCUGCUGAUACGAAUUGACCGCGUAAAAAAGGACAGUCCGGUAUGAUAAUAAUGUACGCUUUGCUUCUUUAGGUCGCAUAUAUUUAAAGGCUUAGCUCAUCAGGAACUCUUUUUGUAUCGUUUUGUGAGAGCUAUCUUUCAGCGAUUUCGAAUCGCGUUGGAGGCACUCGGAUCAGGCAGGGGGCGCGGCUUUUUCAUAGGAGGACUUCGUUAAUUGCAAGAAAAUCAGUAGCUUUGUCACGUUUAACAAACAAAAUUCAAGGAGCUUGGAAAGCGAUUUUAGUAUUAUGAUAUAACAUUUUUCCAUUUAUUCUCACUUAAAGGUCUCUUAGCUUCUUAGCUCUCCACCCAUUUUAUCGCGUUGGUCUUGUAGUUAUAAAAAAUAUUUGGGGAAGACAAUUAUAAUCUGAUGUAGUUAUAAUAAAUAUUUGGGAAAGACAAUUAUGAUCUAUUAAAUGACCUCUCGGAUCUGCAAAUAAAUUUAUAUCCAUAUUGUAUUUAAAUGAGCAAAAAGUUGAAUAUAUACUAGUCGAAUGUGACCAAUGAAAUAUGACGUGCCAUGGCAUUCAAUUGGGAAAUUAGUUUAGGCGUUGCCAUACUGGAUUUUUGAUGGAAAGCAAGAAAGAAAUUAUUAGGCAACUUAGUCCAAAAAACGCUGAGUUGCAUAACAUAUGAUUCUUACUAAUUAUCUUUUAAUCCUGAGUUUACUAACAUCUGCGUUCGACUUCCAGGGUUUGAAGAUCAGUUAUAACCAAAGCUCUAUCUAUUUGCCUUCGCAAGCAUUCAGUUCAUCACAAGAUUCGUUCGUGGUAACCAUUAUCUUUUUGACGUUACAAAACGUUCUGUCGCUCCCAGCUGCAAAAACAAAUCAGAACAACAGUGGCCGCCACUUGUCUCCUAACACUUCGGUUAUAUCUGCCACCGUAAAACCCAGACCUCCAGACGUUUUCAACAAACCAGUUAAAAUCGUACUACGCAACACAAAGGUACGCGCUGCUUCUGAGAUCUGA